AUAUGGCGCAUCUGGGAAAUGCCUCAAGCGGCGCAGUUAAUGCCUUUCCAGACUUCUCUGCCUAUCUCUCACCUGUGAUAUAAAUCCAGCUCAUUUCCCUCUCAUCUCUCAUCCUUCCCCUCAGCAUCCAGCAUUCCAUCUCAAGUCCACAUCAUAUCUACUCUACCUGAAUCUCUACAAGUUCAAGAUACGAUAUCCACCUGCCACCAAGAUGUCAAUCAUCUCCACUCUCUUCCCCUGCCUCAGCGCCCGUCGCAAGUCCACCACCACCACCACCAGCUAUAACACCCCUGAGUCAAACGACCCCUCCCUUGCCACCCACGCAACGACCAUCCUUCUGACCACCGAAGACCCAUCCCUCAUCCCCAAACACCUCUCGAACCUCGUCUCCACAACCGGCUGGACCUCCUCCCUCGCCCAAACCCUCCUCCAGAGCCUGGAAACCGCCAUCCAGAGCGGCGCCAAAACAGCCAAGCCGGCGACCGACGCGCUAUCCCGUGCAAAGGCCGAGGCCUACGACUUCGCGACCGAUCAUCCAGUCUACACGACGGUCUUGGCGCUCGGGGUGCUGGUGAUCCUGGCGCCGUGGGUGCUGGAGGUCCUGGGGUUUGGGGAGUUGGGGCCCCUGGAGGGGAGCUUUGCGGCUUGGUGGCAGAGAUUGUAUGCGGGGUAUGUGCCGAGGGGGUCGCUGUUUUCGUUUUUUCAGAGGUUGGGGAUGGUGUGGAGGUUUUAGUCCAGAUGGUUGGUUGUUGGAUGGAUUGUGAGUGGAUUGGUGUGGAUGGGGGUUUGGUGGUGAGGGAGGGAGGGUCGAGGAGCGGGGAUAUAAUGACAAUAGUGGACUUCAUUUCCAUCAAUGGCUGGUUGGUGUAGUUGGUUAUCACGUAUCGUUAACACCGAUAAGGUCCUGGGAUCGAGCCCCAGACUGGUCAUUCUUUUUGUUUUUGUUUCUAGUGGCGUCGGUGGGUCUGCCGAUUUUGGAGGGAUGGAAUGUAGAAGACAACUGGAAUGUAUUCUGAGUAUCCCAAUGAACUGCCCAGAUCAUAC